AUGGAGCAAACAGACUCGAUUAACUUCCACGAGGAAGGCCUAGAAUUUGCAUUGGAUAAAGUGGAUAAACUGCAAAAAGCAACUAAUGAAAAGCGAUUUCUCGAGGAUACAUAUUUAUCAGAAAAUCAAUUUCAAAAACAAAUUGAAAACCUUAAGAAGUCGUUGGCAGUUGCAAAAGAACGAAACGAUAAACAACGAGAAAAGGAAGCAUACCUUAGGCUGGGUCGCGCGUUCAGGGUAAACAAACAAUAUGGAACGGCGAUUGAACACUAUCAUGAAGCUUUGGAGAUGGUACUGGAUUAUAACGAUGAACGACAAGAGAAAGACGCAUACCUUGGGUUAGCGGAGUCUUAUAUGCGUACAGAUGAAACCGAAAUGGCAAUUAAAUACUACGAAAGAGCCUUGAAAAUUAAGGAGGAGGAUAAAAGUAAAGAGAAAGCCAUUAAUCUUUGUUUGGCAGAUGCCUACAGGGCGAAUCAACAGAUGAAAAAAGGAAAUGAUUACUUGGGCAGAGCCUUAAAAAUUGCAAAGGAUUGUGGAGAUAAAAAGGAAAAGGGAGCAAUUUACCUUCGGUGUGGAGAUGCCUAUUGUUCAAAUUGUGAAUAUCAAAAAGCGAUUGAUUAUUAUAAAAAGGCUUUAAAAAUUGCCAAAGAGUGCAAAACUAAUCAGGACGAGCAAGAGAUUUCCCUUCGGUUGGCUGAGGCUUAUAAGUUGAGUAAUAAUAUAAAACUGGCCAAUGAAUACUGUGCUAAAGCUUCGCAAAACCCACAAAUCGAAAGAGAAGAUAAGUCAGUUUAUCAGUAUGAAAAAGCUUUGGAGAAUGCAAAAAGAGAUUGGGAUGAAAUAAAUGUGAUCGAGAAUUAUGUUCGUUUAGGAGAUGCGCAUAAAUUGAACAAAAAUAUCCAAAGAGCAAUUGAAAAUUAUGAAAACGCUUUAGAAGUUGCAACAAAAUGUUGGGAUAAAAAUGAAGAGACAGAGAUCUACCUUCGCUUAGGUGAUGCUUAUAGGACGGAGAAUGUGAUUGAAAAGACAAUAGAGUACUACAAGAAAGCCGCGGAAAACGAAAAAGGUUUGGAUAUGAAAAAACAAACUGACAUUUUCCUUCAUCUAGGAGAUGCGCAGAAACUAAAUAACGAGAGUGAUGCGUCGAUUGAAAGUUACAAAAAAGCUUUGAAAUAUGCGAAAAAAAUAUCUGACGGCACUAAAGAGAAAGAAAUUUGUCGUCGGUUGGGAGAUGUUUAUAAAUCACACGACGAGUGUCAAAUGGCGAUUCAGUAUUAUGACAGAGCAUUGGAAAUUGCGAACGAAGGUUCAAAAAAUGACGAAUUGUUAAAAAUUUACCUUGGUCUGGGAUCAGCUUAUAAAACAAAAAAUCUGAAUCAAAAAGCAACUAUAUUCUACGAAAAAGCCUUCAAAAUUGCAAAGGAUACUAGUUCCAAUUCAAAACACGACAACCCAGAGAUUCACCUAGCAUUAGGUGAUAUUCAUAAGUUCAAGAAUGAAACUAAGAAAGCGAUUGCAAACUAUGAAAAAGCACUGGAAAUUAUGGAGUCCUGCACCAACGAAGAUAAGUUAACACAUACUGUUCAUAUUUAUCUUGAGUUGGCAGAAGCAUAUUCCCUGACAAAUCAAGUUCAAGAGGCAAUUGGAUAUUGUAAGAAAGCUUGGGAAAUAGGGAAAGAAAAUAAUUGGGAAAUGAAAAAGAUUUUCCUAAAAUUUGGAGAUGUUUACAAAUUGAACAAUGAAAUCCAAAUGGCAGAAGAAUAUUAUGAUAAAGCUCUAUCGAUAGAUUGUGGACACGAAGACGGGGAAUUGCAGACAGAAAUACACCUGCGGAUAGGAAAUGUUUGCGGUGACAUAAAAAUGACGACUCAAAAUGAUAUUUACGAAGCAAAAGAUCUGUUCCAGACGGCAACUGAAAACUUUGGGAAAGCUCUGAAAGACGCAGAAAAACGAGGAGAUAAACGUCAAGAAAAAUGUGCGCAUCUUGGGUUAGGAUAUGUGUAUAGAAAUUAUAAUAAGUUCUUAACAGCAAUCGAGCACUUUGAGAAAGCCUUUGCAAUUUCAAAGGAACUGGGAGACACCUCAGACACGGAAGAGGAAAUGAAUGCAUAUCUUGAAACGGGACAUGCGUAUAGAUUAAACAAUCAGAUGACAAUGGCAAUGAAGUAUUUUCAUAAAGUCCUAGAAAUUGCGGGUGAACGAGGAGACAAACAACAAGAAACAAAUGCUUAUCUUUCGCUAGGAAGUGUUUCUUUAGCUGAUAAACUGAUUGAAAAAGCAUUAGAAUACUUUGAGAAAGGCUUAAAAAUUGCGAAACAACAAGAGGAAUUACAGCAACAAACAGACGCAUACCUUGGAUUGGGAGAUUCUCAUAGAUUGAACAAUGAGAUACAAAAAGCAAUUGAGUGCUAUCAAAAAGCCUCUAAAAUUGCACAGGAACAAGAAGAUGAACAGAAAGAAACACGGGCAUACCUGGGAUUAGGGGAUUCUUACAGAACAAGCAAUCAGUUCCAAGAGGCAAUUCAAUGUUUUGAGAAAGUGAUUAGAAGUGGAGGUGAACGGCAAAAAACACGAGCAUACCUUGGUUUAGGAGAUAUCUAUAUAUUAAACAGUCAUUUCCGUGAUGCAAUUGUGUACUUUGAGAAAGCCUCAGAAAUUGCAAAAGAACAAAGAGAUACAGAACAACACACUCGGGCAUACCUUGGAUUAGGGGAUUCCCUUAAAUUGAGCGGUAGUUUCCAUGAGGCAAUCGAGUCCUUUGAGAAAGCCUGUGAAAUUGCAAAAGAACAAAAAGACACGCAGCAACAAACACAUGCAUACCUUGGAUUGGGAGAUUCUUAUAGACUAAGUAACUGUCUCCAGAAGGCAACUGAGUGCUUCGAGAAAGCCCUUAAAAUUGCCAGUGAAAGAAAAGAUAACCAACAAUUGACGGUCGCAUAUUUAGGAUUAGGAGAAUCUUACAGAUCAAUCAAUAAAAUUCAAAAAGCAAUCGAGUGUUUUGAGAAAGCCUGUGAAUUUGCAAAAGAACAAAAAGACACGCAGCAACAGACACAGGCAUGCCUUGGAUUGGGAGAUUCUUAUGGACUAAGUAACUGUCUCCAGAAGGCAACUGAGUGCUUCGAGAAAGCCCUUGAAAUUGCCAGUGAGAGAAACGAUAACCAACAAUUGACGGACGCAUAUUUAGGAUUAGGAGAAUCUUACAGAUCAAGUAAUAGAAUUCAAAAAGCAAUCGAGUGCUUUGAGAAAGCCUGUGAAAUUGCAAAAGAGCGAAAAGACACGCAGCAACAGACACAGGCAUACCUUGGAUUGGGAGAUUCUUAUAGAUCAAGCAAUCCGUUUCAAAGAGCAGUGAACACCCUUGAAGAAGCCUUUGAAAUUGAACAAACAAAUACCGACCAAGAAUUGAAAGCUCAGGCUGAAAAGGCGACUGAGUACUUUGAGAAAGCUUUGGAAAUUGCAAGAGAACGAGGAGAUAGACAGCAGGAAAUACGAGCAUGUCUUGGUUUAGGAGAUUCCUGUGUACUAAGCAAGCAGUUUCAAAAGGCAAUAGAGUGCUUUGAGAAAGUCCUUCAACUUGCAAGAAGAAAAUCACAGCAACAAAUGCAUGCAUAUUUUCAACUAGGACGCAUUGGCAUACUUGACGAAGAGUAUAAAAAAGGAAUCGAAAAUUUUGAGAGAGCCUUGAAAAUCGCCAAAGAACGAGGAGAUACAAUACAAGAAAUAAAUGCCUAUUUUGAACUAGCAAACGCCUGGAUCCUAAUCUAUCAGGCAGAUAAAGCAAUUCAAUACUUAGAAAAAGCCUUGAAAAUUGCCCAAAAGCGAGAAGAUGCACAACAAGAAGCAAAAGCACGCUUUAAACUGAUGUAUGCUUUAGGAUGUGCCGAUAUUAUUAGAAUUACAAAAGAAAGGAAACAAGAAACAAAAGUAUCUUUCGGAGGACUUCUAUUUGGUUUGACUAAUUACUUUAAAGCAGCUGUCGGAUCCCUUACAAGAUUCUUGGGAAUUGCGAAAGACCAAAAACCGGAGGAAUUAGAAGCAGCAAAGACGGACUUUUUUCAGAGAUUUUUAGAAAUUAUGAAGGAUAAAAAACAAAAAGAACUGGAAUCAGAAGCCAAAGGGAUCGGCUUUAAUGAAUUCAUGAAAGAAUUAGCUGCCAUGGAACAUGAAUCGUCCAUAUUUGAUAAUCAUGAACUAUUCUUAGGACCUUCGAAUGAUCAGGACGUUGAACACUCAGAACAAGCUGGGUAUAAAUUAGAAGCCACAAAAGCAGAAAUCGAUGUUGGUGAA